AUGGUUGUGGUUUUUGGAGGUGACUUCAGGCAAAUUCUCCCCGUCAUUCCUAAAGGAAGCAGACAUGACAUAGUGAAUGCCUCCCGGAACUCUUCUCACCUUUGGAAUCAUUGUCAAGUCCUUAAGCUUCAUGUGAAUAUGAGAUUGCAAGUUGGAGCAGGCUGUGAUAAAAAUGAAAUCAAAGAGUUUGCAGAGUGGAUAUUAAAGAUCGGUGAUGGUAAAAUCGGAGAACCAAACGAUGGAGAUGGCAUUAUUGAUAUUCCGGAAGAGUUGCUUAUUACAGACACAGUUGAUCCAAUUGGUUCUCUCAUAUCAUUCACAUACCUUAAUAUUUCAAGAAAUGUUUCUGAUCCUUCUUAUUUUCGCGAUAGAGUUAUUCUUGGCCCAACACAUGAAGUUAUAGAUACAAUCAAUGACAAAUUGCUGGCAAUGAUUCCAGGAACUGAAACCGUUUACCUUAGUUGUGAUAGCAUUUCAGAGUGUGAAGACGUCUCGGGAAUGAAUUUUCCUUUAUGGUCUCCUGAAGUACUUAACAGCCUCAAACUAUCUGGUUUACUAAACCAUAAGCUAAUACUCAGACACAAUGCUCCGGUCCUGUUGCUCCGAAAUAUCGAUCAACCAAAUGGCUUGUGCAACGGUACUCGAUUGCAGAUUGUGAAACUUGGAAAGAAUUUAAUCGAAGCUAAGAUAAUGACUAAUACCAAUAUUGGAAACCAAGUAUUCAUUCCUAGGAUGCGAUUAACUCCUUUUGACAAGAGGAUACCAUUCAAGAUAAACAGAAAGCAGUUUCCUUUAGCCCUAUAA